UCGUCAUGACCUACUUAAAAUCAGUUUAGUACUGUCUCGAUCACAAAGAGCCAGAUCAGAAGUGCGGGGAACUAGAACAACAUCCUAAUUUCUGAGAUCUUGGUGCAAACGAAGAAACUGAGACUAAAUAAAAAGCUGGAGAUUAGCUAAAGGAACUACUUCCUUGGGCACACCGCAGAAGGAUGUUGUUAUCAAGUCAGAUGCACCUGACACCCUAUUGUUAGAGAAGCAUGCAGAUUAUAUUGCAUCCUAUGGCUCAAAGAAAGACGAUUAUGUAUGUAUGAUUUUAUGUUGAAAGUUGAUUUUGUUUUGAAGUGAGACUAUUAUUGAUAAGCAGUUAGUAGGUCAGUAAUGGCCCAUGUAAAAAUGGUAACUCCUGCAUGCCAAAGCACUGAAGAUCCCUCUUUGAGUUGCGUUCAGUGUGCCUUUGAUAUCAGGUUGAGGGUACAUCAGAAUUAAUGAUGAUCCUUAGAAGAUUUGGCAGACAAAAUAGAUUCCCACCUGUCCAGAUUUGUAAAAGGUUUGAGGUACAGAAGAAAUUUGUACUUUUGUGGGUAUUACUUUCAAGGUCUGUGAUGUGUUGGCAUGUAUUACCUGACUAUAUGGCUGAUGUGUAAUAACACUUAGCUCUAGAAUUACGCUGAGACCUUGAAAAAGUUUUUACCUUAAGUUUCAAACCUUGAAGAAUAGUUUUUCUCUCUGGGGCAAUCUUAGAAAACGGUAAUGAACAACUCAACUGAAAGUAAAUAUUUUUCCCAAUAGUGUCCAGACACAAUUAAUUGACUGUCUUGGCUAGUUUUGAUGAAUUUGUGACUUAGUUGUUUUACGUUCCCAUAACCUUAUUAUGGAGUUGUUACGGACCAUGUUUUUUUCCUUGGAUGACUCAAAGGUUAAGUCUUGUCUUGACUUAUUCCAUCUUUUUUUAUCUACUGUUACCAACCUAUUAUUUAAACCCUGAAUUUGGAUUCACAGACUAAGACCACUCACCUGAUUCAAUACCUUAAAAUGUAACACAUUGUUGAUUAUGGGAAAGAUUUAUUUUUCGACUCUGUUCCAGUUUUUAUUUCUCUUUGAUGUGCUGCUGUUGGCGGUUUUAUCUUUUGCAAUCCUUGGCCAUUUUGGCUUUCAGGAAUACUGUAUGUCUGAGUAUUUGAGAAUGAGUGGUAUCUAUUGGGGUCUGACUGUAAUGGAUCUCAUGGGACAACUACAUCGGAUGAAUAGAGAAGAAAUUCUGACAUUUAUUAAGUCAUGUCAACACGAGUGUGGUGGAAUAAGUGCUAGUAUCGGACAUGAUCCUCAUCUUCUGUAUACUCUAAGUGCUGUCCAGAUUCUUACUCUGUAUGAUAGUAUUAAUGUUAUUGAUGUAAAUAAAGUUGUGGAAUAUGUUCAGAGUCUACAGAAAGAAGAUGGUUCUUUUGCUGGAGAUAUUUGGGGAGAAAUUGAUACAAGAUUCUCUUUUUGUGCGGUGGCAACUUUGGCUCUUCUGGGGAAGUUAGAUGCUAUAAAUGUGGAAAAGGCAAUUGAAUUUGUUUUGUCGUGUAUGAACUUUGAUGGUGGAUUUGGUUGCAGGCCAGGUUCUGAAUCCCAUGCUGGGCAGAUCUAUUGUUGCACAGGAUUUCUGGCUAUUACUAGCCAGUUGCAUCAAGUAAAUUCUGAUUUGCUCGGUUGGUGGCUUUGUGAACGACAGUUGCCAUCAGGUGGACUCAAUGGAAGGCCAGAGAAGUUACCAGAUGUAUGCUAUUCGUGGUGGGUGUUGGCUUCCCUAAAGAUAAUUGGAAGGCUUCAUUGGAUUGAUAGAGAGAAACUACGAAGUUUCAUUUUAGCAUGUCAAGAUGAAGAAACAGGAGGAUUUGCAGAUAGACCAGGAGAUAUGGUAGAUCCUUUUCAUACUUUAUUUGGAAUUGCUGGAUUGUCACUUUUGGGAGAAGAACAGAUUAAACCUGUUAGUCCUGUUUUUUGCAUGCCUGAAGAAGUACUUCGGAGAAUGAAUGUUCAGCCUGAACUAGUGAGCUAGACUUUGAUGGAGAUGUGAGACAUUGCUUAGUAUAGUUUUGCCAUCUUAACAUUUCUGUAAAGUGCUUAUCAAACUUAAAAAUGACUACUGUGUUACUAUUUUGUAUAUGAAUUGUAUUAAUUUUAAUAAAUUAUGUACUUAUACAUAAUGUAAAAUAAAGAUCUUUAUCUUCAGCUCCAGAUUACCUUCUGCAAUGCUGUUAUUCUGAGUACAGUAAUUUCUUUCUGCUUCAAUGUAUUUAUUUGUAUGUUUCCUUAACAGCAAGCUCAAUUUAAAGAACUAUUUAAAGAAGUCUUGUGUUCUACUUGAUUUUCCCAUGCGCUUCUUUCACAUUAUAUAAUAAUGGCUAAUGUAAAAUGAUCUAUGUCAAUGAGAAUGUGAAUUGAUAAAAAUUGAUAAACCCAUAUAUGAAUUACAAGAUACACAAGAAUAAAUGCUUUUAACAUUUGGAACUGUUUAAGUUUAUGGCUACACUGAAUUGGUCACUAAUUUAGAUAAAUGGUGCACUUCAUUUUAGAGUAGGAUUGUCAUCUGGGUAUACUUUACUCUCAACAUUUUGUCAGUGCUAGCUACUUUCCAAGAAAGUGUUGGCCGUCAAGGAAAUGGAAGUUGAUAGUUGACGCAAUAUUUUUUGAACCUGUAUUUUCAGAAAGAUGUAAGCAAGACCAAUGAAUAGUCCAUGAGAGUUUUACAUUCUUGGUGAAAAUAAAAGUAUGGAAGUAGAAAUUUU